CUUUAUAGCCUUUGUCAUCGAUAAGCGCGCGCCGAACUGGUGCCCCCGCUGACGGAAUAUAAAAGCCUGGUUGGCUGAGUGAGAUUCCCACUCUCGGUUUUCUGCCAUCUACCACAGCGGCAGCAGCAGGAGCAGCCAUGAACACGCUUACCAUCGCCGUGCUGGCCGCCUGCGCCCUGACCGUCAGCUGCCAGUUGAUAGCCGCACCCGUGGAGCUUCCCCAGCCCUACUCCUUCGGCUACGUCUCCAACGACAUCGAAGGCAGCCACGGCCACGAGGAGACCGGCGACGGCAGCGGUCGCGUGUCCGGCCGUUACUCCCUGAGCCUGGCCGACGGCCGCACCAGGACCGUCACCUACGUCGCCGACGAGUUCGGCUACAGGGCCGAUGUGGUGACCAACGAACCCGGCACCGAGUCCAGGCCAGCGGCCGACACCACCUUCACGUCUACCGCGCUAUCCGGACCGGACGCCGCCCACGCUGCCGACGCCGCUCUCCUCGGCGCUCCCUUCAGAGCAUCGUCGUAAGAAGGGAAUCUUCUCGAAGCCACACUGUUCCUUUGAACUCUCACGACUUCCUUACCUUCCGUCAGCCACCGCCUUCACUGGUGGGCAAUGCAAUUCCCU